AGUUGAGCUCCAAUGUGCAACAAUGGAUGACGACAGCCUGGACCAGCCUGUGGCACAGAGCCCGUGUCCGGAUGGAUGCCCCCGAGUGGGCCCUGCAGACCUGACCAGCAGUGCUGGUCUAGAAGAAAGCAGCGAUGGUCACAGUGGGGACUCUGAGGACGACACGGGCAGUGAGCAUGGAGACUGCACAGACAGAGAGGAUGAGGAGGCAGCCUCUGAGGAGGAAGACCCAGAAGAUGGAUCAGGUUCCCAAGAUUCUGAAGAUGAAGUGGAAUCGUUGGUGGCAGCAACAGAUGCUCAGGGGAAGCUGGAAGCCAGGAGCACUCUCAGUUCUGAUGAGGAUGUGGAGAGCUGCCCAAUUUGUCUCAAUGUGUUCAGAGACCAGGCCGUGGGCACACCAGAGACCUGUGCCCACUACUUCUGCUUGGACUGCAUUGUCGAGUGGUCCAGGAAUGCCAACUCCUGUCCAGUUGAUCGAACAAUAUUUAAAUGUAUUUGUAUUCGAGCUCAAUUUGGUGGUAAAAUCUUAAAGAAGAUUCCAGUGGAGAGCACCAGAGCCCAUGAGGAAGAGGAGGACCCGACCUUCUGUGAGGUGUGUGGCAGAAGCGACCGUGAGGACCGGCUCCUGCUCUGCGAUGGCUGUGACGCUGGGUACCACAUGGAGUGUUUAGAGCCCCCUCUGCGGGAGGUGCCCGUGGAUGAGUGGUUUUGUCCAGAGUGUGCAGUGCCCUCCACUGCUUCUGCCGCUGAUGCCGGUCCUGUGAGUGAGGAGGAGGUCUCCCAGCUCUUGGCCGAUGUGGUGCCCACCACCAGCAGGCUGCGGCCUAACACAGGCCGGACCCGGGCCAUCGCUAGGACACGUCAGAGUGAGAGAGUGAGAGCAACCGUGAACCGGAACCGGAUCUCCACAGCCAGGAGGGUCCAGCACGUGCCAAGGUACCUCAUGUCUGCUCUGCUGGAUGAGACCAUCGAGGCUGUUGCAACUGGCCUGAGCACAGCAGUGUACCAGCGCCCCCUGACGCCUCGAGGCCCCGUGCGACGGAAGAGGAAGACAGGGAGACGGAAGAAAGUGCCGGGAAGAAGGAAAACACAGUCCAGGUCUUCUACGAAAAGUAAAGGUGCCAGCACAAGAUCUAAGAAGCGUCAGCGUCACGGGAAGAGGAGGAAAGGGAGAGUCCCAAAGGCCCAGGUGAAGAAUGAAGUCACGGCUCGUUCUCGAAUUGCACGGACGCUGGGCCUCUGUAGGCCUGUCCGAGGUACCUGUAUGCCAUCAGUGUACAAGCCAGUGGACCCCUCCCUGGGGCUGAUGCGGGCAGAUAUUGGAGCAGCUUCCUUAUCGCUGUUUGGGGACCCCUACGAGCUGGACCCCUUUGACAGUGAAGAGCUGUCUGCAAACCCUGCCUCUCCUCUGAGUACGAAGCGGAGGGUCCUGUCCCGCUCGGCUCUGCAGUCUCACCAGCCCGUAGCCAGGCCCGUCUCCGUGGGGCUCUCCAGGAGGCCGCUCCCUGCCACCCAGGAGGAGAGCGUGGAGGAGGCACCUCUCCCAGACCUGCUGGGGAGCAUCCUGUCAGGCCAGAGCCUACUGAUGAUGAGCAGCGCGGACGUGGUCAUCCACCGGGACGGCUCUCUCAGUGCCAAGAGGGCAGCUCCAAUUUCUCUUCAGCGGAACUCGGUGGGUGUGUCCGGAGGUGAGGAAAGGUCCAGGCCCAGGGACAGCCUGCAGACUGGAGUACCAUCCUCGGGGAUCCCGGCUAGCAGACUCACAGGAGACAGGCCGCAGAGCUCAGGGCUGAGCGGCCAGGCCAGGUCGGCCCCACAUAACCCUGCUUGUUCAGCAGGGGUGCCUGUACGGCCGGGUGCCUCCCCGGCUCCUGGAUCAGGCCAGGCUCAGAACCUGUCAAACGGGAGUGGGCCUAGCUUGCGACAAAGUGGCAGCCCCUGGUUUAAUGGCACCAGCAAGCAGUCCUUAUCUCUCGGUUCUGCCUCAUCUAAGAUCUCCAGCAGUUGCUCCAACUCUCCAUUAGGAAGUGUAGCCCUAGGUCACACCCCAAAACCACCUCCUCGGAGGACCGCCAUCUCCGAACUGCCCAGGAUACCGAAGAUCCAAAGGGACGGCACUGGCAGCAGGCAAGACGCAGCCCCACCCCAAGGACAGAGUGUGGAGAUCCCCAGCACCUGCAUCAGUCGCCUAACAGGCAGGGAGGGCCCUGGGCAGCCAGCGCAAGGCCGGGCAGAGAACGAGCCCAGCAACAGGGGCCCCCAGAACUCUGGGUCACACACAGGCAGCUCCCGGCCCCCAGCUCCCAGCUCUCAUGGCAGCCUAGCCUCCCUGGGGCCCUCGAGAGGAAAGGGUCUUGGGUCCACCUUUGAGAGCUUCAGAAUCAACAUCCCUGGAAACACAGCACACUGCAGCCGACUGUCCAGCCCUGGCUUCUGCAACACUUUCCGGCCUGUGGACAGCAAGGUACAGAGGAAGGAGAACCCUUCCCCGCUAUUCUCUAUCAAGAAGACGAAGCAGCUCAAGAGUGAGAUAUAUGACCCCUUUGACCCCACAGUUUCUGACUCAAGCCCUCCCAGCAGCAGCCCUGAGAGUCUUGGCCCCAGCCUCCUACCAUCGGAGAUUACAAGAACCAUCUCCAUCAACAGUCCCAAGGCCCCGGCAUUUCAGGCUGUGCGCUGUGUCACCUCCUAUACUGUGGAAAGUGUCUUUGAGACCGAGGCGGAGCCCCCUGGUACACCUGUGUCCAGUGUGCUCAAGGUCCGGGGUGAGGGUGCUACUGAGGGGGCCUCUGAUGUGGAGCAAGAAGAGCUAGGUGAGGAGCCUACAGAAAGCCGGGGCCCUGCUGCCCGGGCACAGAGACCAUCCCCCCAGGACCCCUGGGAUGACGAAGAUGGUGCUGCCCACGGCACCUUCUUUGGCUCUGAGGAGCGGAUGGUAACCUGUGUGACUAUCCUGGAGCCGGAGGCCUCCCCCAGCCCAGAUGCACCACAGGCAGCCACCCACAGGAUUGUGGAGCUGCGGGCCCCAUCCCGCUCCCGCUCCACCUCCAGCAGCAGGAAGAAGGCCAAGAGGAAAAGGGGGACCAAGGAGCACCGGCGGACACGCUCCAGGACCCACUCUGGCUCCAGAGACAGGACCUCACACUCAGCUUCACCCUCGGUUGAGGAGCACUCCAGGGGGCGCCAGGCCAAGGCCAAACACAGGAGGUCUUCCAGUGACCGCGCCAGCAGCCAGGAGAGAGCCAAGAGGAGGAAGGCCCAGGACAGGAGUAGGGAGCGGAGGAGAGACUCCAGGGGACGAGGCCGGAGGAGGUCCCGGUCACGCUCAGGAAGCCCCGCCAGUUCCUCCUGCGAGCGGUAUGGGAGCAGGAGAAAGAGGAGGCGACAGUCGGGGUCCAGGUCUCGUGGGAGGGACUGCUCUCCACCCAGCAGCCUGGAGAGGGCCCGGAGGCACAAGCACCAGCGGGAAAGGAGCCGAGAGCGGCCCAACAAGGAGAGCACAGGCCGGGCCCGAGAGAGAAGGAAGUGGAGGUCACGGUCGCCCAGCUCAGAGCACAGGGCACGAGAGCCCCGGCAGCCACGUUCCCGAGAGAAGCGGCCCCGCUCCCUGGAGAGGAAGGGAACUGCCAAGGAGGCGUCCCCGGUGCCCGCUCUGCAGCAGGAGCUGAGGCAGGGUGGAGACCACUCAGUAACUCCACCGGUCCCAGCAGAGGCAGGCAUCGUGGCAGAGGUGGGGGUGUCUGGCCAGGUGCUCCCACAGGCACCCCCUGUCCUGGAGGAGCCAGCUGAGUGUGCACCUGAGGACCUGGAUUAUGGGGCCUCUGUGGAGGCGGGCCACGUCUUCGAGGACUUCUCAAGUGAAGCCAUCUUCAUCCAGCUGGAUGACAUGAGCUCACCUCCUUCCCCCGAAAGCACUGACUCCUCCCCAGAACGAAGCUUCCUGCCCAACCCUGCACGGCCCCCAGCCCCGCAGGCACAAGACCCCACCCUGGCUGCCAUCCAGAGGGAGGUGUCACUAAUCCACAGUGAAGACGCUGUGCACCCCCUGCCCCCGGCAGAGGGACCCCCAGAGCAGCGCCCACUCAGGCCAGACUUGGCAGAGAACACUGUCAUGGCUCCCAGCGCCCUGGGUGUGGCACCAGUAGAGGAGGACAGCCCCUCAGGGAGUGGGAGGGUGUGCCAGGUGGCCAGGCCUGAGGAAGCAGCAGUGCAAGCCCCCCUGCUGCGGUCCCGUGCCUUGGUGAAACGCGUCACUUGGAACCUCCAGGAGUCUGAGGGGGCCGCUGUGGUCCCGGACAGAGGCUCAAGGACGCCACUUCACAGGCCACAGAGGCCGCGGGAAGAAGCCUGGGACACUGAGGAUGGGGGCCCCAUAGGCGACACUCAGGCGCUGAUCUCUGAGCUGCCACCUCCCAGCCACAUACUCCUAGAGCCUGGAUUCCCUGACAUGAACCCCUCUCAGGUUUACAGCUCCAACAUGCCUCCCGGCUUGGCUCAGCCUCCAAGCAUCCCACCGUACACACUGAUCAGCCAACCCUCAGUCCAGUUUAUCCUACAAGGGAGCCUUCCUCUCGCGGGCUGUGGGGUGGCCCAGAGUGUGGCCCCUGUGCCCACCGCACUAGCUACAGCCUCAGAGCCAGCUGGUCAAGCCAGCACCACUGACUUGGAGGAGAGGACGGCCACUCCCAGGCCAGCCGCAGAAAAGACCAGGAAGGAGGAAUACAUGAAGAAGCUGCACAUGCAGGAGCGAGCUGUGGAGGAGGUGAAGCUGGCCAUCAAACCCUUCUACCAGAAGAGAGAGGUGACCAAGGAGGAGUACAAGGACAUCCUACGCAAAGCCGUGCAGAAGAUCUGCCACAGCAAGAGUGGUGAAAUCAACCCUGUGAAGGUGGCCAAUCUGGUGAAGGCCUACGUGGACAAGUAUAGGCACAUGCGUAAGCACAGGAAGACUGAGGCUGGGGAGGAGCCGCCCGCCCAGGGGACCGAGGCCUGAGACCCUUGAGCCUUUGUGACAAAGGCCUGGGGCCACCAGCACUCCUGCCUUUGGGCUCCCGUGAUGACACCGGUCUGCACCUGUCUUGCUCACAGUUGAAAACUGGACUUUUUUAUAUGUAUAUUAUAGAUACACUGUUUCCAUUGUGUUCUAAUUUAUCAAAAAUGGCUUAUCUUUAGAAACUU